AUGGCGGACAACAGAAGGGUGGUAAUGCUUUUAGCGCAGCAAGUACUGGAAACUCAUAGCGAUUCCGAAGAAAGUUCGUCUUCUGAGGAUGAAAUUUUAAUAGUAUAUGGAUUAAGGAAAAGAAGGGACGUCCCCAGAGUAAAGAACUACCGCGAAGAAACUGUUCGAGCAAUGCUGGAUACAGAUUUCAGGAGCCACUUCCGUAUAAGUCGUGAAAGUGUUGAAGGAUUGGGAAGAAUGAUCAUUCAUGAUCCAGAGUUUGAUGAAGCGAGAAGACUUCCAGCAUUUGAUUUAUUUAAAGAAAUCUUAGUUACACUUUGGUUGUUGGCUACUCCCGACUCUUACAGAUCAGUUGGCGAUAGAUUUGACGUUGGAAAAUCCGUGGUGCUGGUGUUCAGCAGAAGAGUGAGUUGUGCAACUGCUAAAUUAUCCCAGAGACUCAUCAGUUGGCCUAAUUUGGCAAAGAUGAGACAAACAGAGGUGGACUUUAAAAGAAUGGCUGGCUUUCCGGGUGUUAUUGGGUGCAUAGAUGGCACUCACAUACAGAUUAAAGGCCCCCAAGAAUACCCGGAUGUUUAUAUAAAUAGGGACAACUACCAUUCCAUCAUUUUGCAAGGUGUUGUAAAUAGCAGAUUGGAAUUCAUCGACUGUUAUGUAGGGGAAGUUGGCUCAGUUCAUGAUGCUAGAGUGUUUGCUAAAUCAAAUUUGGGGCAAACAUUCAGAAGCAGAGUUUUAGAAGAUUUCCACCUAUUGGGGGAUAAAGCAUAUCCUCUCCACAGGUUGUUGCUCACUCCUUUUCGAGAUAAUGGCCACCUUACAAGGCAGCAAGUUAAGUACAAUGAAAAACUGAGCAAAACAAGACAAACUGUUGAAAGGGCGUUUGGUUUACUGAAGGGAAAAUUUCGUCGCCUAAUUAAGUGUGAAAUGUCGGAUACUCAUUGGAUCCCAACUUUGAUCAUGGCAUGUUGUGUGCUACACAACAUCGCAAGAAGAGAGAAUAGGAAUGAAAAUGAGGAAGAAUUUUAUGUCCCACCUCGUAAAUCCAAUUCCAAUCCCAGUUCCAAUUCAGAUUCUGAUGAUGAUGAACCUGCUCGCAGGAUACCUAGUGAAGGCGGGAUUCAGAAGAGAAUUCGCAUCAUGAAUUCUCUGUAAAAAAAUGUAUUAGCAGGGAUGAGAAUUGUUGGUGUGCUCCAGAGUUUUACCAUAUUUCCAGUAUUUUCACCCAAGAAAAACGCGGAACUCCAUUAUUUUUUUAUUCUACUUUUAUCUCCCUAUUAAUUCUUUUUCUUUAUCCCAAAUUUUCAGUUAAUUAUAUCGAAAAUAAUUAAUAACAUAUUUAUUGCGUAGUAAACCUGUCAAAAUGCAUUCAAAAAUAAUUUUACUUGAACAACUUUUUUAUUUGCAGUUUUAUUAUUGAUAGCUUUUAUCUGAUAUGAGAAAUGAAAUUUUCUUUGUCAUUAGUAAUGAUUACCCCCCCCCCCCCCUUGUUUAGAGGCAAAUAAAUGGAAUGACUUAUUUUUAUUGGAUUAAAAAAUGAAAAAUUUUCAAUCAAAAUGCUGCAUGUUCCUUAUGAGAAUUUGAUUGUCUGAAAGUUAAAACUUGAAUUUCUGGUUUAAUUGUAUUUUUGUUUCAAUUGUGUUGAUUUUUAUUAAUGAUGUGUUUUUUGUAGAUCUUUAAAAUACAAAUCCAAAGUAUUUAACCUUUAAUUCUUAUAUAUUUUUUAUUUUGUCUCCUUCAUUUUCAAAAUUGCUAUCUCUUUGCAUUUACUACCGGAAUAAAUUUUUCACUAACUUGAUGUGUACUAUACUCUAUUAAGAAACAAGCAAAGAUAUUUCCUUUUUUUAAUUAUUAUUAAACCGUCAAAUUGAAGGGUUUAAAUGAAUUUCAUGUUCUUUAAAUCAUACUGAUUAGUAGAUUUAGGCAUUGCAUCUAGUUAAAAUCUCUAGAAUAUUUUCAGUAGCAAGUGAUAUUUUUAUUACUCUGAAAAAAAAACGCCAGUCAAGUCUUGGGCUUUACGUAACGUAAAAGAUGACUGGAUUUCGAACUCGUUAACUACAUAGCAUGUU